UCUUAACAAUUAUUUUGGGUUUCAGAAAUAUUUUUGAGACUAUCAAAGCAAUUUUCAUCCCUUAUCAUUCUUUUUGUUGAUUUACAACAAUUCUUGCCUGUUGUGAUGGCUGUAUAGAAGCCUCCAUGGGUACAAAGAGACUUUGUCUCUUCCAUACCUACCUGUGAUUAUGGCUUCACAGAGCAUUUCAUGUUUACCUUUUAUAAUAGUUAUACUUAUGCCCCUAUUUCAGUCUGUUAUAAUGGCUAAGUAGAUGCUUCCAUGCCUGCCUAUUGCAGUGGUUAUGUACAAGCCUCCCCAGAUGCUUGUAUAAUUACUAUACAGAGAGGCCUUCAUUGCAGCCUAGAAAAGGCUUCAUAGAGGCCUCCUUGUCAGCCUAUCAGAUUGGGUAUAUAGAUGCCUCCAGCCCCGCCUAUUGUAAUGGAAAUACAGAGGCAUCCAUACCUUCCUGGCCAAGCAAGCCCAGACAUUGCCAGCCCAGCACGCGGUCAGCAAGACAUCUUAUAAACUGUUUCAUUGUCACAUUUUUGUAUUCGUUGUUUGUUAAUAGAUGGCUCGCGUAGCACUAUUUGUGAUCCCAGAAGCAAAUACGUUUAUGUUGGUAAUUCCUGAUUGUCAGCAAAUGGUACAAACGUACUAAAUCAGUCACGGCAUUUGGCAUCAUAGAUUAAGAGGAUGGGAAUUAUUUGGGGAAGUUGCUGCCAGUUCAGCAAAUGACUGUCGUUUUCAGGACGAAUGAAACCCAUUGAGCGAUUUUUUUUUACACACGGAAGGAGGAGCAACUUUAAACAAAAAUGAAAUAUAUUAUACGAUAACAAUGGGAAAAUGAAAAAUGCAUCUUCAUGAAAGCUGUAAUUUGCAAAAUGUCUCUACUUCUGCCAAGAAUUUCCCUCAUAUUGUUAUUCCAUCACCCGCCAACAAACAAAAGAAAGAAGGAACAAUCGGAGGUAGUUUUUCACUUGUUCUUCAUGUCAGUAGGUCCCAGACGUUGAGUACUUCCGGUGAUUCAAAACAGCUAAACACGGGAGGGAUUAUAUUGUGUUUGCACUACAAAUAAUUUAUAAUUUAGCGCUAUAAACGGGACAUCGAUGGAUGAUAUACAGUCAUGGUGGGAGGUACCAAGUAUUGCUCAUUUCUGUUCAUUGUUUCGAGCAGCAUUCAAUCUCUUGGACUUUGAUAUUGAGGAACUGGAAGAGGCCCUUCUGACUGAUGGAGCAGAAGAUUCUGGAAGUUCCCUUCUUCAAGAGUUGAUUGUGAGGCUGUUGUGUGGGUGCCUCGGAAAUAAUGACAUUUCAACAUUUAAUUACCAGAUGUUUCUGCGCCGCUUGUUCAGGCAAAAAUGUCAGGAAUAUGGGCGAGACAAUCCUUUCAACACAGAUAUUGACUUCCAGUUCCUUCCCCUACGUACAAAGGUGGAGAUUCUGCAUGCAUUGUGUGAUUUCAGGCUUGAUGCAGAUGAUGUACAGGAUUUACUCAAGAACUUGGAAUCUGAUAGUUUGCGAGUUGAGCCUCUAGGAUAUGAUGAAAACAACUCAGCCUAUUGGUAUUUCUACGGCACACGUCUGUAUAGAGAGGAUUAUCCAAAAGUCAAGAAGAAAGCAAAGGAGAAACGUCAUAGAAGGAAGGAAGAAAAACGCCGUAAGAAACGAGGCAAAUCUCCACCAUUUGAUUCUGAAUCAGAUGACAAAGGGUCAGGUAUCUGGCAAGUGGUGUGCUUUUCUGAACAGGACUGGGACAAGAUCACCGAGGGUUUUAGGGACUCUACAUCGAAAAAUGAACGAGCAUUAUUUCAUACUCUGGCAGAAGACUUUCUUCCUGAGAUCCCACGUCUUUUUGCUGAAAAAGAACGCUUACAAAGAAAGCGAUUGCUGGAAUAUCAGCCUCGUAGACAGUCAAGCCGCUUGGAAAAGCUCAAACAACAGAAAGAAGAAGAGGAGAAAAUUCUUCAGAGAGAAGAGGAUGAGAGACUACAACAGGAGAGUGUGAAGAAACAAAGAUUACAACAGCAGGAAAUACUAAAGAAGAGAGAAAAUAGGGCAUUGAUGGUUAAGGACAGAGCAACUAGGGCCUUGAGGCGUUCACUUUCCCGCACAAAUUCAGAAUGUGGUAGUACAGGGAGCAUUCCUGACUCUCUCACCGACAACCGGUCCAAUCGUUCAAGUACAUUUGUUGGUCGUCAGACAAAUAACUCACUCUCUUCUGCUACUGGUCAAAUAGUGAUUCAAGGAUUGAAGCAGAAACUACGCAGCUCACAGGUAUUCAAGCAGACAGAAGAGGAUCUGCAGACUGGAAUGUACAAGAUCUUGGAACACAUCAAGAACCAUGAUGAUGCGUGGCCAUUUGCGGACCCUGUAGAUGAGGACUACGCUCCGCGAUAUUACUCAAUUAUCCGUCAGCCCAUGGAUCUUCAACGUAUGGAAGAUAAACUGGAUGAUGGAGAAUAUCUGACAUUUGCUGACUUCAAGGCUGACUUCCAGCUCAUAGUAGACAACUGUCGCCAGUACAAUGGAACUGGCAAUGAGUAUACCGAGAUGGUAGGAAAUCUCCAGGAAGCCUUUCAGAUGGCUGUUGAACGUUAUCUAGAGUCGGAUCCAUCAUCAGAUGAAGAAGUGGCUGUUGAAUUUCCAACGGGAGCAUCCUCAGAGAGUCGAACAGAAACGCAGGGACACAGGCAUAAACAUCAUCGUGCUCGUAGGAAGAGAGAAAAAUCACGCCAAUCAUCACAUAUCAAUAGGAAUGCUCCCAGUCCCGAGAGUGAACACACACUGCAGUCCAGUACUGCAGAAGAGAGAGAGGACAUGCCAGCUGCAGUAACAAGGGAGAAGGACCAGGAAGAUAAGAUAGAUCACCUGGGGGAAGGUAGUGUGGACACUGACGGAAGCAGUACUAAGGAUGAUGCUACUGAACCGAAGAGGCCUCACAGUCAUAACGGUACGAAACGCAGGAAGAAGACUGGUGUUAUCAAGAAUGUGGCAGAAAUAGAAGCACUGGAGCUAGCUACUGAACAGACACUAAAGGAUAUCAACAAGUGGUUGGAUGAUACCCCACGCUUUUCUGAAUUCUCAUCAGCAAGUAAUUCACCUUCACAUCUCAUUGGCGCUGAAGAAUAUGAAGUGGUAGGAUCCCGUAUAGAAAGUGAGUAUCGGCGCAGUCUUAAAUUAGACCGGCCUCCAUCUAGAACAUCAUCCCGCAGCAACAAAGAUGGCAAGGAUUUGAUCAACAAGAGGCGUUCUAUCAAGGAUUCUACCAAACAGCACCAACAGCGUCGUCGUGAGAUUCAGAGAACUAUUGAGCGUCUUCAGCCAGGGAAAAGUAAAGGAAAUUUGAUCUCAAACAUUCAGAGUGCAAACAAGGCAGCAGAUGAUGUGGGGGGCUGUAGUGGUUUGCUAGGGCUUGGUGGUAAACCUAAGGAAAACAGGAACUCUUUAUUGGUGAAGGCAGAUGAGGCCAUGCCCAAGCUGAGUCUAGGCACUGUUCUCACAAGUGAUGUGCUAGGUUUUGGUGUGACAGGACGCAACAGUCAUAACUUUAACUCUUCAGAAGGAACACCUGUAGAAGACAAGAAGCCAGCUGUGCUGUUGUCUGGCUCAGAGGAAACUGGUUCUUCUCCAGGAGACAUCCACAAUAAACUUUCUCCUGAAAAGCAAAAACAACUGCUACCAGGAGGCUCACAGAGUCCAGGAAUCAAGAAGGAAGAUGAGAAAACUACAGCUGAAGAAGGACAAUCAAAUAGCAAAAAUAUCAAGCAAGAGAAAGUUACACCUAACCUCAGUGCCUGGUUUAAAGCUUUUGGAGCCCCCAAGACAACUGUUAUACAGAAACAACGGAAACCAGAAGUAUCAGCACAGCAAGAUGUCGAUACAUACACAGAAGAAAGAAAGCUGGAAACUGUUCAUAGUCCAAGUCCAGUUCCAGCAGAUGUGCCUUCUUGUAGUGGAACACAAGUUGUGAGUGACAUGGGACUGAGACCACCUGUACAAGAAGAUUUAGAUAAGAAAACAGAUGAUGCACCAAGCAGCCCCACACAGCAAUCAAUUGCACCAGCACAGCGUCAAAGAAAAGUCAGUACAGGCAGCAGCAUGUCUGAGCGGUCAUCUUUCAGUCAGGACCCGAUGGAUCCACUAGAUGGAUAUCCUGCUCCAUAUCCUUCCCCUUUGCACCGUUCUCCCAUGGCAGCAUCCCCUGUUAUGGCUUCCCCAAGACCAGAAGACACUCCAAAGCCCACUGCCUCAUAUCCACCUCUGAAUGGCACUAUACGUGUUGGAUUCUAUCAAGACAUCUCAUUUAGUCUCCAGAAGAGCAGCCCAGAGAAAAGCAACAGUAGCUGCAGUCCCCAGUCACCAUCCCCAUUCCACCAACAGCCCAUCUAUUCUCCUCGCUAUCCUCCUCCACAUGAUACGUCAGGCUAUCUGACAUACCGUAACCCUGCACCAGGUCCACCACAGACUUAUGAUGGUUUGCCUGUUCCUCCAUAUAGCCCUGUAAUGCAGUACUAUGAUACCAGUAAGCCCUUGACUGAUCAGUACCGCGCAGCUCGUACACAGGCAUCAGAGGAAUAUAUUCCUGGAAAUCUGUCCCUUUCAUACACUAGUGGCCAGCAGCAGGGCUACCCAUCUCCAACUCCCGCUUCUACUAGCUCUCUGCCAUACGUUGCAGACCGACAGUCAGGAUUUCAGUUGUCUGUACCACGACCUAGCUCUGCACUUCAGUCUCCGUCUGUACCUGCUACUAGUUCAGGAUUCCUUGGAUCCUUGCCAUAUACUAGUAAUCAGCAACAGGGCUAUGACAUAUCUAUGCCAAGGCCAAGUGCUCUUCACAAAUCAGGACAUUCAGUUGUCACCAGCUCUGUACCGUUUAAUACCAGUCAACAGCAGGUUUAUGACAUUUCAAUCCCACAACCAAGUUCCACAAGCAAAAUAUCUGCAUCAGCAGUGACAGUUCCUAGCACUGCACCACCCUUUAUGUCUGACCGGCAUCAAGAGUAUGACACAUCUGUACCACGAACUAGCACAACAAAGGUUUCUGGUACUGCAUUUCCAGUUAAGAAGCGGCUGUAUAGUGACGUUGAAUCUGGCAGUGGGCUUCAGCUUCAUCACCAAACCAGUAGUCGACUGCAUCCCUCUCCUCCAAGUCCUGUCACAACGUCAUCAGUUACAAUACAAACGCCUCCACCAGCAGGGCUUUCACAGCCUAUAAACCUUACUCCACACACAACAGGUAACAGGCUUACUAACUCCACACUUGGAAAUGCACAAGCAGGUGGGAGAUUGGAUCGGACCUCUCCUGUGAAUGCACCUCAAGCCCAGUAUUCUGCAUUGACAGAACAAGUAUGCACAUCUCCAGUCUCUGUCCCAGUAAGUGGUCCUGAAACGCCUAUUUCCCAGGUUAGUGAAAGGUUACUUCCAACUUCAGAGCAGCAGACCAUGCCAGAAAGAAUUAUAUCUAAUCCAAUAACAGAAGCAGAUGUAGCUCAGCAUCCAGAUUCUGUAUUGCAGGCUUCUGAAAAACCCCAUCAGUCCACAGGUCCUCAUGUGACAGACAAGCUAUACAGUGAGGAAGUAAUGCAGCCAUCAGAAAGGAUGCAUCUGACUGUAACAUCUCCAGGUGGAAACCAUCAGACAUCAUCUGUAUCAGGACUGAAUAUCCAACAGUCUAUUGAUUCAUCACACACAUCCCGCCUGGUAUCAAGUAAGCAACCACCUGCAGAUCACCUUCGACAAAGUCCAAUAACAGUACGUGUAGGAAAUGAUAUUACUUUCCACAGGGGACCAUUUUCACCUGCAGCACCAUCGCCCAUGAGCAAUUUUACUAAUCUUUCCCACAUUGUGGAUCGUUUCCCCAGUGACGGGUCUCCGUUCUAUACAACAGGUGGAGACAAAAAUCGCAUAUUUGGCCAAGGAUCAGUACAACCUCCCAUUUCAUCUGCAGCUGCAGCUAUGGCAAUGUUUUCACAGCCUGCUCCUACCAUUUCAUAUAACCGCUCUGUGCCUGAGCUGUCAUCGGUGCUAUCCAGCAAAGUCUCUGAUGUGCAAUCUGUGUACAGUAGGACUAUGCCCGAACUCUCUUCUGUGCUUCCUGGUAAAUCAGCUCCUCCUAUUAGUGUUCGACCACCGUCAUAUGACAGAGCAGUAUCUGAACUCUCAAAUUAUGGCCGCCAAACCAUGGAGAUGUCCACCAGCUUACCAAACAAAGCAACUCCCCCCAUGGAAGGACAAACAAGUUACAACCACUCUGUGGCAGACCUCCCUUCAGUGUUGACCAACAAAGUGCCCCCAGCCACAGCCAUUAAUGUUGCCACACCGACCUAUAGCAGGCCAGUGGUUGUGACGGACUUCUCCGUGGCGUCCACCAAAGUGCUACCUCUUGUGGAGGCCUCGCCUUUAUCAGUGUCUGCUGUGACUGCAUCCAAACCAAAGCUAUCUCGUAAACGCAAAACAAAACAGGUGCAGCAACAACAGCAGGUGACCUGCAGUAGUGACACCUCAGUUUCUUCUAGCUCUACAACAGCAUUUCAGCAGUACGUGUCAGAGCCAUCAGCUAUUGCACUCAAGACAGUACAGACCAGUGUGGUUCCUGGCAGUGCCUUUAACUUUGGCCCAGCAGCAUCUGGACUUGGCUUAUAUGGUGAUGGCGCAAGUUUUCUCGAUGAAUAUCGAAGUCCACCUACAGGCUAUUACAUUCCCCCUGGGACUGAACCUGGCCGUGACAAGCAGACCCCUGUCCCACCUGCUCCUACCCCAUUUCCUUUUCUGGGUCACCCACAGCCACGGCCACCUACCUAUCCACAGCUGGCUCCAGCAUUUAUUAAUCACCAGCCAGCUUUGAUGGAUGCAUCAGGGGCCACCACACCACUAUAUCAGCAGUACCUGCAGCGCCACCAAGAGGAGCUGUUGCGUCACUCGGCAGCUAGUGCCCCAAUGGUGCUCCAUCAAGGGCUUCUGGCACCCCCAUCUGGCUAUCCUCCUGGCUAUCACCCUGCACUGGGCAUUCGCCAGCCCUAUGAUUCUCUAAAUCGCCCUUCCUGGCUAUGAUAGGCCAUUCUGUGAAAGCAGAACUUUUUAUGGCAUGCAGCAUGUUUCGCAGAGUUCUGUUGCCUAUGGGACCAGGACAUCCUUUCAUUCAAACUGGAUAAGUGAAAAGUGUGUCAAGUUAAAGACAAGACAUAAGGCUUCUGGCUUCGAUUAUGUCGUGAAAGACUGCACUCAUAUUGUUGUGCUAUAUGAUCUUUAAUUAAGAAAGAAAAUGUGCUAAUUCCAAGAGCCAGCCCAUUUUGUUUGAAUGUCAGUAUCAUGGUUGCUAAACAUAUGAAUCUGCUGGUUCAGAUUUCAUCUUUAAUCACAUUUGCCAGUCUUUGCAAACUGCGGAGUUUUGGUACGUGUGAUGGGUUUCUGCUUACAGCUUGUGUAUUAGGUUUUAAAUUAAGUACAGUGAAAAUUAUGAA